CCACACCUUUUCAUAAACUAGAAUAAUAGGAUACUAGCCUAGGUAUAUAUGGCUUGUGCCAUUAGCUGAAGCAAAUUCUCCCUGGGGUCUUUUUUACAAACAAUACACAUGCACCAAUGAAAUCUUAACCUAUCUUAAUAAAGGACAGAUUUGAUAUUAAAUGCUUAUUGUUCCGUUAAGUCCUCUUCACCUAUGCAUUAUUCUAAUGUACUCUGUGCCAUCGAUGAGGAAGCCAGAGGGACAUGGUUUUCCAGUCUCCGUUGGAGAAGUUGGAGCAUCGAUAUGAAGUUAUUGCCCAAUCAAAUUUCUGUUUCUGAAUACUUAAAACUCUUCCUCCCCGCGUCUAUAAAUGGGAUUUCAGCUGGAUUCCGCAUCUUUUUCACGCAGCCGGUCGAGAGUUUUACAGUGAUUUUCCUUAUUAUCAUUGGAGGGAAGCAAAUUUACUCUAUCAAGUCAGCUUGGAGGAUUAUUCCUACUCCCCAGUGUCUCCCUGGUUGUUUAUCAACUUUCAGACACUUCUCUAUGUCGUUUUCAUUGCUCAGAACAUCACACUUUGAUCUGUUUCUUUCUAGAUCACCAUCUUUCCGGAGCUUGGUCAGUGCCAUUGAAGAGUCUGGAGUCAGAUUUAAUACUUCUUCCGGAUAUGAAACUCUUGAGACAUAUUGAUCUCUGCCCACCAUUACAUAACAAUGUCCACUCCCGUGGAAUGCCUUAUUAUCACCCCAAUCUCGUGAGUAAUAAGAUGUAGGCCUUUUUAUUCAAAUAUUACUAUUAAUUAAGAGAUUUCUAAUAAAGUGAGUUAAGUUCCAA